AUGGUGGAAAACACCGUAUCUUCUCUUGCUGUUAUUGCACCAGAGGAUGCGACAGUCAGCUAUUUGUUGUCUCGAGUCUUAUCUGGUAGCAAAAUAUGCAAGGCAGCGGAACUUGCUGCAUUCCUUCCUCAGUGGCUUAGCGACGUCAAAGAGAAGAAGCCAGUUUCUCCGGAUAUUCCAGAGCUAUUAGCUCAUCUUCUUCUCCCAUUUGGCACACCUGCCAUCCUGGGUCAAAUCGAGAGGCUCCAAGUUCCCGACUCUUUAACCAAUAGGCAGAGGUGGAUGGUGAAGCUCAUUAUCCUCAUGGAUAACAAAGCACAUGAAAGGCUGUUGCAGAAGUUGGAAUCUAUCCCAGAUCAACAGAUAUCAUUUGAAGAUCUCUGUGAUCAAGAGAACGCUCAAGAAGACAAUACGGAUGAUUACCUCGUCGUUGACCCCAACCGAAGCCUACAAUUUGACUAUGACAUGCGGGAUGUGAUGACUCGGGGCGACAAAGACGCAAUGAGAAAGCAUACCGACGUCUUUUACGUGACUGGCUCCGUUGCCUGGACCGUCCGAUCUCCUUACUGGAAUGUCGCCUUGGCCACCGAUGGUGAAGGUAACCGAAUUCUCUCAGAUGAUGUCUUGGAUAAAGUUCUUCCGAAAUGGAGACAAAUUCUCACUGGGGAGACGAUCCCGACCCCGAAAUAUGGUGUUGUCGAUUCUUUUCGUUCAUGGCUAGCUAGUGAAGAGAAAAAGGCCACUGACCUCGGCAAAUCUUGGCCCAACCGCCAUGUCAAUGCUGUAUAUUCGGUCUCGAAGCCCAAGUUCGUAAGCCCCAGGACUCCAGAACCAUAUUCUCGCCUUCGCAGCAUGAAUGCGAGCCAUCUCUCCCCGCUUGGAUCCACCCCAAAUGUCACCGACAGUGAGCAAACUGAAUUGCUCCGAGAGAUACUCACGGAAAUCAAAGAAUUGAAGAACAUAAUCAGCCAAGAUAUCGAAAGGAAGCAACAGGUCGAGGUUACGGAAGAUCAAAUGCAGGAAUAUUGGCAACAGGGCUACCCUCCCAUUCCUCAGGAAAUGCAGCCAAACUAUUUCGUGCCGCAACAGGGUUCAUUUGACGGUGCUCAAUAUCCUUUCCCCCAACCCGAGUCAGAUUGGCAGCGCUGGAACCCACAGUAUCAAGACCCGACUAGCAUGUCAGGCCCGGGAACUGAUUCAACUCGGCUCUGA